AUGGCGCAGAUACAGCCUUCUAUCGAAGCGAGCAAUGCCACCUUACGAGAUCCAUGGUAUUGGUCCGUUGAAGAUGUGGUAUUGGCGCUAUGCAACCCCUACAGUCGUUUAAGACAAACAAACCACUCAACAUCAUUUCCUGACGAGGCACAACUGGCCGCUAAACUGCGUGAGCUGGAUGUUACAGGUCUAGCGCUACUACAAGAGAUCGAUUCAACAUGCUUGAGGGAAGAAUUUGGUAUCAGAUCUUUCGGGCAUAUCGCCAGUAUCAAGCAUCUAAUCAGUACCUUACGCCGUGAAUCUGUCAAGUAUCAAGAGGAAGGAAUAAGAAACUCCUCGAGCAACUUCUCAAGACCCCAUGCCUCAGUGCAGCCUGACAUGACCCCAAACUAUUAUGGAACGCUUUUCAAACCCAGUCCGAGGCCCGGUGAUUUAUUACCAUGGCAAUCUCCACAGAUCAAAGAUGAUGGAUUUGAAAAUCCUUAUGCCCAGCUACAUACGUUGCCCGCUUUUGACUGGAGCAACGUCCGUAACGGCACCGGCUUUGGCAAUUUCGCCUCACCCCAAUCAAUGUUACCGACUGCUGCUCCGUCGCCAGUCGACCAAACUGCCGUCAAUGAUCGAGAACUCAGCUUGCCACGACGCGAUGUUAUUGGCGCUACACUAGUUCCAAGUCAUACUCCGGAACAAAAUACAGCAAUGCCGGACAUGGAACAGGAGCAGCAAUGCACCCCUGGUCAGACAGCGAAAGUGAGAAAGAGGAUUGCUCCUACUUUCGUCGCGCCUGUGGGACCAACAGACCAGCAAACAGCGAGGAGCGAUGAUUUAGAGGUCACAAUGGAGGAGCAUCUGAACAUUGGCGCCUUACCUGUCCCGGAAACAUCUGUGAAAGAGGUCGAUGACCGCCAGUCCAUGUCAGAACCCAGCCGCGAAGUUUCAAAUGAGCUCAACAUCCAGCCAGCCUUUCUCGAGCCAGGCAUCGCUAUCGUCAGUGUCUCAGAUCACAUGCAGCCUGGAGUGGUUCACGUCGAUGAGAGGGGCCGGAAGAGAGUGGUCCCAGUCUCGAUGCCGCUUCCAGGAUCCGGCCCAGUGGAGUCAAUCCAAGCGCAUAAUGAGCUACAGUCAUCGCCAGAUCGUCUCUCCAACCGUCAGCCCUUUCAAUUGGGCUUCAAGGCCGAUCUGAUAGAAGUGAAUACGAGACGCUUUGGCAAGACACCUCAAAGGUUGCCGCACCAGGAAUAUCUUGGCUUGAGAAGCUUCCCGGUCGACGAAAUAUUCUACCCUCAGACUACUCUUUCUCAAUUGUUGCCCGAAGCAGAGGGGGGUGAGAGCUUCGAGUUCAGCAUUGUUGCUCCACAAGUAGGAGGUUCAGGCCGAAAGUUAUACGUCAACAAGCGCAUCAAGCACUUUCUGCAGUGCAAACCUUUUUCGCUCAACUCUAAGAAACAAAAUUGCGUAGGCAUGAUUCCUUACCCCGAACGCAUUGUCAAAAAACAUGUUCCUUUGUCCAUGAUGGUCUUCACUCCAGAUGGUCAAGGUGGAGUCACUGUCACUCGGGAAAAUCGAUCCAAUUGGAUCGAUGGACACACUGGCCAAAUCUCUACAGCCAUUGACGGUGGUGUUGAUAGAUUUGCCAUCACUGAUGCUGCUUUUGCGAAGGAUGAAGCGGAAGAUGAUAUGUGGAAGGCACUGGAGAAAUGGAAUUAUGUUGAGGACGCCGAAAAGAUCCUGCCCGCUUAUGGUGAUUCUGAAUCAGAAGGUGAAUAUGAUCUCGAUACUUGGAGAGAGAUGGAGGAGGAAGCUGGCAAGAUCGAGCGACCUCUCGGGAAAUCAACAAAGCCUGUCCUUAGCCGUGGGACGAUGGAGGAGGUCGUCGACGAUACUGUCAAAACUAUCACCCAGGCUUGGUACGAAAAAAAGAGGCCUAAGCUUGAGCCAAAGGCAUACCGCAUCUGGAUGCGCGUAAAGCGGGACAGAUCCCAGCCGCACCAAAUCCGCGCAAUGCAAGAAGACAUCUCAAUUCUAUCGGUCCGAGUUUCAAAGCUGCGCUCGGAGAUUCUAGAGGAACCAUGGACCAACGAGGCGAAACUUCGCCGUCAAUGCGGGUCUCUGCAGCCUUCCGUUUAUGAUCUCGAAGAUGUGAAAUGGAAGCAAGCUGUAUUGAAGCUUCAGAAGGCCCCCGAUAAGCUGCCAAGUGCGCACAAACCACCAAAGAAGAAAAGGGAGAUGAAAGACGCCCUUGAACAGCCCCUUGCCGCAGACGAGGAAGACCUCAUUUCGUCAGAUGAAGAGACAACGGGCUCGGAGGAUAGCCUCGAUGGGUUUGUGAUCAGUGACGAGGAGGACGCCAUGGAUUUCACUCAGCCUGCCAUAUUCGAAGACGAAAUGUCAAUGAAUGAAGAUACAACCAACGCUAAGAAUUCUUCUUUUGCAGAAGUUGCGCCUCUUCCUGGCAAUGGAAGAACACCAACGCCGUCCAUCAAAGUUCAAAAGUCAGAGAAACCAGCUUUGGGGACGUCAGCUUCGAAGCGGCCCGACAUCGUAGAUCUGACACAGCUGUCCAGCGACAUUGAACCCGAAGAAAUAUCAUCAGUACAGAUUGGGCCUUUACCUCAUGUCAAGACCCCACCUCUUGACCGCGGCAAGAAUAGUGAUGUUUGGGCUCGUCCUACUGGUGAUACUCCGAGGCCCAAAUUCAAACAUCGCCCACUGUUAUCACAAAGCCAACAGAGCAAACAGAGUCAACAGAGCCAACGGUCCCAAAGCAGUAUCAUUGACCUAGAUUCAACUACUGAACACGCCAGCUCUCCGGCGAACACGCCAUCGAAACGUAAAUUACCACCAUAUUGGGACGUUCGCGCCGUAUGCAAAAUGGAUGGAGCGGCACUAGUUGAGAAGCGAGACCACGGAAGAGUCUUAGUCCGUAUGAUCGAAUGUAGUUCAAUUUCACAACGAAAUCUUGUCUGGCGUCUUUUACGGUGCCGCUCGAUGGAAGAGGUUCAACGUUAUGUCGAAUUAGCAUUACGCGCCCUCACAGAAAACAUUUCAACACUUAGAGGCCAGACGUCAGUGGUCUCAGAAGGAGCACUGCAAGCUGCAAGUUGGUUCGUUGCGUAUGUUGUCCCUGUGGUUUACGACGAUUCUGGACACCGCCCGAGAAACAUUGAAGCGACAUUGAAGACGAUGCACCGGUUUGAGGACUUUUACGAUAUUAUCUUGAAAAGCAGAGAAUAUUACAAAUGCAAAGAUGAUUUCGAUAGUGACGAGUAUUCGUCGGAAGCUGACUCUGUUUCUACUCGAGGACCGAAACUUCCAAUGCCUCAGAAAAAGAAAAAGCGUAAGAUUCGAUCUGAUAGCGAAGAAGAUUCGCGGCCCUCACACCGCCGCAAGAGGGUAUACGUGAAGUACGUGAGUCAGGACACGCUCAAUCUCCAAGAAACUGCGCAGAAUCGACUCCGUCUCAAUGAGGAACGACGCAGGAAGGAACUUGCGAGCGAUGAUGAUCAACUCAAAAGCGAUCACCCAGAUGCCGAAAUCAUAGUAAAUCCCGGAAAGUCGGAGAACCAAGCCUAUAUCUACCUCGAUCCGCGAUUUGGGAACGGCUCUCGCAGUCUGAAACCGCAUCAAAUUUCUGGUCUUCAAUUCCUAUGGCGAGAGAUUACAGCUGAACCAAAAGUGCUCCAAGGAUGUCUACUUGCACACACGAUGGGCCUUGGCAAGACCAGUCAGGUGAUUGCACUACUCGUCGCUCUAUCAUCAGCAAGUAGUCACCCUGAUGCCGCAGUCGCACGACAGGUUCCAGCGCCUCUGCGGAAGUUACAGACUUUGAUAUUAUGCCCUCCGGCACUGGUUGAAAACUGGUGGGACGAGCUCAUCCUGUGGGUGCCGAAACCGCCAUCUACUGUAGUUGGUUUUAUACGAAAGCUGAGCGCAAGUCAGUCGGUCACUGAGCGGGUUGCCCACAUUCAAGCAUGGGCUCGUGAAGGUGGUAUCUUAAUCAUGGGUUACAAGACAUUUAUCGAUCUUCUUGCCAACAAAAAGGAUAAGAGCGGACUUCGACCAAUCGAGGAUGACGCCCAUCGCGAUAUAUUCGAGACAUUGCUUAACAAAACUAAUCUUGUGAUAGCCGACGAGGCUCACGGGUUCAAAAACAAGAGAUCCCAGCUCCAUUACUGGAUAAGUCGGAUAAAGACCGGCAGUCGUAUUGCAAUGACAGGAUCUCCUCUGUCGAACAACUUGAUAGAAUACUUCACUAUCAUCGAUUGGAUUUCACCCAAAUUCCUAGGCACAGAAGCUGAAUUCAGAGCAGCUUACGAAGAGCCAAUCAAUGACGGUCUGUACCAGGAAUCAACCGAGAGAGAGUAUCGAGAGGCGCUAAAGAGGCUUAAGGCUCUACAGGCUGACAUCGAGCCCAAAGUCCAUCGUCGAGACAAUGCCGUGUUGCAUGACUCGUUGCACGGCAAAAUGGAGUUUGUGAUCCGUUUGCCGUUGACUGAAUUGCAGCGCCGACUUUAUCAAAUCUUCGUUGAGGCAGUCUUCCGAGCAAUAGCUAGUGGAGAUCCUUAUGCAGCUGUCCUCUGGGGGUGGCUACGACUUUUGCAAUUGCUCUGCCACCAUCCCAAGCUCUUCGAAGAUCGACUGCUUGAGUAUGAGAAGGAGCAAGCUCAAGGUGGCCCUGUCUCGAAGACCGAAGCAGCAGCAAACAAGACAAUGGAGAAGGCAGAUUCGAUGCCCUCCGUGAGGAUAGAGACCCCUUCGCAGGUGCAUCUACAAGCAGUGAUACCAAGUGUCAGUGUUAACGCUAAGGCACUUCUCGCACCUUUGGCCGACUCAUUAGGGAGCCCCGCACAUUCCUGGAAGAUGAAUAUUCUAUUCGAAAUUGUCAAGCUCUCCGUUGCUGCUAAAGACAAAGUCCUCGUUGUUUCACAAUACAUUCCUGCACUAGACUACGUUUCUAAUCAGCUUUCUGAAAUGGGGCUGGCUUACGAGCGUAUAGACGGUACUUUGCCGGCACAGCUUCGUCAAGCGGUUACCAAAGCCUUCAAUGGGGGUGAUGUCGAUGUCAAUAUCUGUCUCAUCUCUGCGAAAGCUGGAGGCGUGGGAUUGAACUUGUUCGGUGCUAACCGGGUAGUCAUACUGGAUGAGUGGUUCAAUCCUAUGACCGAACAUCAAGCUAUCGGACGUUCUUACAGGAUAGGCCAACAAAAGCCUGUGUACGUAUAUCGUCUCAUGGUUGACGGCACAUUUGAAGGCGUGCUCGAGAACAUGAGUCUAUUUAAGACACAGCUUGCAAACCGUGUGGUGGAUAAACGACAACCGGUUCGCAAUACUAAAAAGGGCGUACGCGAGUACAUUUUCCAGCCCAAGAUGAAUGCCCGCGAAGAUCUUGAGAGAUUUAGGGGAGAUGACCCGGCGGUACUAGACCAUUUGCUUCACGAUCAAGAUUGUCCAAUCCUCAACAUUGCGACGACAGAGUCUUUCCAUGUGGAGGAUAACUUCCAACUAACGCCUGAGGAGGCGAAGGAGGCCGAACAAAUGCGUGAAAACCAGCGUUUGCGGCGUGAAAACCCCGAAAAAUACCUGGCAAGUUUGAGAAAGGACAACGUUUUUAAGAAGUUUGCUGGCCCUGCUCCGACUGCUGCGACCUACACUAUGGCUGCAGCACCUGCAGCGAACGCCACGCCAGGCUCGCAACCAGAGCCAACAGCAACGAAACAGCCUGCAGUCCCUGUGCAUUUGCCUGGGUCUGCUACGAAAUAA